GGUUUCAAGAAUCACUUAGAGAGCAGGAACCAUGAGCAAAUGUCACGUGCUUUUCAUGCCAAAGGUGUUGCUGUUCUCAAUCUCUUGAAGGCUCAGGCCAGGCUUGCUGCACAACGGAAUAUAUUGAAACAAAGGAGGAUGGGCAUGAAGGGACGCAUCUCAAAUUGUUCCAGAUGUGACUGUUCCUACAUGGGAAGCUCUGCUGAUCAUAGCAAACUUAGAGAGCAUUAUCUGAUCACGACUUUCGCAAAAUGCUCACCAUGUCGUAUCUGGUUCAAGAAUAGAGCUGAUUUGGAAAUUCAUCGCCUCUCAGACAUUCAUCUGAUGAGACAAAUGGUGAUAGACAAGAAAAGACUGGAUAAGGCAUCAAAUACUAUAAAGAUAGAAGAGGAUGCAAUUCCAGAACAUGAGUCUAUGAAAAAAGUACAUGAUGCUGUUUCUAAGCUGAAAGCUACUCAUAGCAUGAGGAAUGUUUGGACUGCACACCGCCUACCUUUCUAUGAUCCUGCUGUUCCCAUUGGUUUGAACUUCAUUAUAAAGAAAUCUAAUUACUAUUGCAAGAUAUGUCAAAACAAAACAAUGCAGUCAGCUAAAGAAGCACAAGCCCAUUUUUGUUCACGUGAGCAUUAUGAUAAUUAUGCUAGCUAUCUUAAGAAUUUAGAGGACACUAAAGAGCUUGAAAAGACAAAGCAAGAGGAGAAUGGGAAUGCACAUGAAAAUAUAGUUAACGAAGAAGAUAAGAACCAGCAAGAGAAUAAUACUAUACCACAAGACAAAGAAAAUCAGAGGGAAGAUGCAGAUGAAGAUAUAAGCAAUGUGGACACAAAUGAUGUGGAAAUGCUAGAUAAAGAGUGUGAUAAAGCCAAUGUUGACUCUAGCUCAGGACCUACUAAGAAGACGCAAAAGAAUGGUGAUGAAUAUUAUGGGGAUAUAAUAGAUAGACUGGAAAAUGAGGACCUUGAUAUGAUGGAUGAUGAGAGUGAUGAAGAAGAGCAAGUAAUUACUGACAAGACUACAACCAAAAGUGGUGCUACAAAAGCACAGAAGAAUACUACCAAAUGUGACUCCGACAUUUCCAGUAAAUCAGACAAAUCUGCAGUUUCAGCAAUGGAAGAAGUUUUAUCUGACACUGAUGAUACAAAGAAAAAUAACAAGAGUUCAUCAGAUAUUCAGAAGGAUGAUGGAGGGAGAAGUGAUAUGGAUAACACAGGGAACAGUGUUGAUAAGGCAUCAGCUGUUGGAGUAGCAGAUGAUGAAGGAAAAAAAAGUGAAGAUGAAUGUGAAGCUGCUCCUGCAGUCUCUACAUCUCAUCGAAAGGGAAGAGGAAAGGGAAGAGGCAGGGGACGUGCCACAAGGAAGUAAAAACCUUCAGAAGACUACAUUCAUUUCACCUGGAAAUUAGAGUUGCUUGUUAGUAAGAAAAUUGAAAAUAAGCAAUGGAAAUGUUUGCUGUUAUAUAUCUAUUGUAGAUGCCCAAGAGAUAAAUAAUUUAAAUGUACUUUCGAAGAAUUUUAUAGAACUUAUUAAAAAUAACUAGAUUUCCACGUUGCUUUAAUGCUUUGUAUCCUAACUUUCCUCACUAAAUGGAUUUGUUAGCUUGAAUAUUUCCAUUUAUUCUUCCUCUUUCGCAUGCAGUUUUCCGCAAUGUUUUGAUCCCAGCUCCAUAAUACACUUGUAUAGAAAGACUUAAGUAGAAACUAUAUGUUGCAGUUAAGGUAAGGAAUUCCCUAUGUAAUUGUUAAGAAUGUUUGACCAUGUUAAAAAGAUUAUCUGUAUUGCUAUUUUCCUGUUGCAUUACCUCUGUACUUGUUAUUAGACUGCAUAGAUGACUUAAGUACGUACAUAGUGUACAAGAUGAAGAACUAGGUACAGGAAAAAAAAAGGAUUAAAUACUAAGAAAAUAUUAAAUGCUGAAUAAAAGCUGUUAAAGCCUAGAACAGUAAGAAUCAGAUACAGAAUGUUCAGCCAGGAAAAGAGAAAAUAGGGACAUUCCACUGGAAAUGGAGUCAACAUGAGAGGUAUUUAAUAAUGAACUAAAUACAUAGUUAAAAAUGAUUUUAGUGAAAGAGUCAGAUACUCAGUGUUUAUUGGGAGCGCAUGAG